UAGCGGUGUCAGUGCGCUUUGAGCAGUGACAGUGGGAGGUUGUCUGUCGCUCCCGCUCUCGGAUCCGCACGUGCCUUCCUCUUUCCCUCUUGUUUAUCGCUUCAACGACCCUGACGCACGUAAUAAAUAAAGGUUUAAGAACUGAGGAUAAGAAAGAUAAGAUAGAACAAAAGGCGAGUGAGAUAAGAAUGGACAUAAAUAUGAAUUAAGAUAAACGAAAAGACGCGAAAAAAAAAAGACAACGAUUUCCAACUUUUUAAAGAAACUCGAUGAGCGAAAACUAGAUAACUCCAGUGAGUCAAUCUAUUAGAAAAGAGACAACCCGUGUGUGUGUGUGUGUGUGUGUGUGUGUGUGUGUGUGUGUGUGUGUGAAGAGGAGGAGGAGGAGGAGUAGGUGAAGAAGGAAGACGAGGGAGGAGGUGGAGGAGGAGGAGGAAGUUACAAUAGUGUUAUCGUCAGGAGGUGGAUCAACAGUGUUCAUACUAAGCUGGUGACAGGAUGAACGGCGCUUACAUCACUGCUGUUCUCUUCUUUAACUAUCACGUCAGCUGCUGCGAUCCUGCCCAGGGGUACUCCCGCCUCUCCCCUAGAGGUACAACAGAGGGGGAUCUCCUGCGGGGCGUGGUGGUGCCGCCCUUCGCCUUGGCAGGGGGACAGGCUACACUGGGGUGCUCCUUCCAACUGUCCGCUACACGCCUCUACUCCCUCAAGUGGUACCACAACAACACCGAGUUCUACCGCUUCGUGCCGACCGAGCGUGCCAGAGCCAUCAACAUCCAGCCCACGCCAGAGUUCUCGGUGGCGGAGGUGUUCCGGAGUGACCAGCACGUGACACUCUCCCUGACGCGCCUCACGCCCGCAGCCUCGGGACGCUACCGCUGUGAGGUGAUCGCCGAACACCCGAGCUUCAGGACAGAGGCGGCCAGCGGGACCAUGGCGGUGCUGAGAGAACCACUGUCCCCUCCUGUGGUGGUGGGAGCAAGGGAGAUCUACCAAACCUCUGAGGUCAUCAAGAUAGGGUGUCGCCCCCGCCACGCCGCGCCCCCCGGACACCUGUCUGUGCUAAGCUGGUACUUGGACGGCAGGAAGGUGCUGGACGAAUACCUCUCACCUUUCAACACUACCUCCCAAGGGGUCGAUCUUCCAGGCCUCUCCCUAAGAGUUCCAGGACAAGAGGUGGCAGCGGCGGGCGGCACCGUGCAGGCGGAGUGUCGGCUGAGUCUGGGCCCGCACUCCAUCAGCACCUUCAAGACACUGCGGGUUCGAGUAAGGAUGGUGUCGUACGUGGGGCCCUACCAGUCUGCAGGGACACACAUCGCACGUGACACCCGACAAGUAACUGCUGUGCUGGCGUCUGUGCUGCUACUGCUACUGCUGAAUCAGUAGGGGUUUUCAGCAGGACCUGCCUCAUCCACUCCCUUCCUGCUGCACCAGUAUCCAGCAGGGCCUGCCUCACCCACUCCCUCCCUGCUGCAGUCUACAAGUGGCCAGCCUUCUGUGUACAAGCUGUGGGCUACAGCGGCCAGCCUAACACCUUCCUCAGGCAACACAGUCUCGGGGCGGCCCACUCACCACUCGAGUCUCAGUGCCUCCAACAGUCACCAUUCGAACCUGUCUGUUAGUGUGUGACUGUAUGCCUGACUGCAUGCCUCAUUGAGUGUGUUUAUGACUACAUGGUUGAGACUACGACUGUCUGAAUGUACGAAAGACUGUACAAGUUUGUGACUGUAUGACUGAAUUUAUAAUAGAGUGACCGUGACUAUCCAAGUGUCUGAGUGUCUGAUACUAUGCAUGUUAGUUGUCUGUGUCUGAUUCUGUCCCAGUGUCUAACUGUCCGCGAGUCAGUUAGCUCGUCUGUCUGAUUCGUCUGUCUGUCAGUAUAUCUGUAAGUUUGCCUGUCUGUUUGUGUGUCAACUUGUGUGCCAGUCUGGGUAUGUGUUCCAUGGUCCAACUUAAUCACACUUACAAACACAAGUUGCAUAUCUCAGCCUAGAGUUAAGGACCAAAGUCUAUCAUCUUAAAGUACACCAUUAACAACUACUACUACCACUACCACUAUUACUACAACUACUACUCCUACCACUACUACAACCACUGCAAGCUCUUCCUAACAUCAAUCUCCAUCCUCUAAAAUAGAACAUAAGCAAUUACACACGUGGGAAGGAGAUAGAGGAGAUAGGGAGGGGGUGUCAUUUUCCAGCUUAACGUGAAUUGAGUGUCAUUCUUACAAGAGCACGCAGAAACAGUCAUGGGAUUGUUUCAAGUUGUUCUUUACGUUGUCUACUUCAGUGUCCUCUUAAGUAAUAGUACAAUGUAAAUGUUGUGCUAGUAGAGAUUUAGAUUACAGUAGUAGUAGUAGUAGUAGUAGUAGUAGCGAUGUAGUAGUAGUAGUAGUAGUAGUAGUAGUAGUAGUAGUAGUAGUAGUAGCAGCAGUAGCAGUAGCAGUAGCAGUAGAAGAACAAGAACAAGAUCAAGAAGAACAACAAGAAGCGCAGUAACAGUACUCGUGCCAGUAGAAGUAGUAGUUGUAGUAGCAGCAAGAGUAGCAGUAGCAGUAGCAGUAGCAGUAGCAGUAAUAGUAGUAAUCUCAGUUCCUUAUCUAUUUCUCCUAUUGUCAUGAAACCUGUAAGUAAAUUUGGUCUAAUGUGGUCUGGUCUAGUCUUGGUCUGGUCUGAUAAAAGCAUCCUCACUCGGUCUGGUGCGGUGUGGUCUACUCUGAUAUAUAAGUUUUUCUGUGUACUAGUUGGAAUUAGGUCUGGUGUGGUCUGGUGUAAGUAAACACGGUCUAUUCAGUUUCACUCUGGUUUUUAGCUAAUCUGGUAUGGUCUGAUCUGGAAGUAGAAGCCAAACUGCCUUAACUACAACCAAUAAUGAAGCUUCCUUGUUCCUCGGCCUGCGUCUGCCUAUCCAUCCAUCCAUCCAUCUAUCUAUUAGUCUAUCUACCUGUUAUUCUCUCCCUCUGUUCAUUAUCUUAUUAUCUGUCUAUCGAUCUCUAUGUUUUGCUGUCUCUUCCUUAUCUACUACUCAAUAAAUUUAUCUAUCUAUCUAUAUAUCAGUUUAUCAGCCUAUUUAUCUUUAUCAAUUUGUAUAAGCUUCUAUCUAUCUUUCUAUCUGUCUAUCUAUCUAUCUAUCUACCUAUCUAUUUAUCUUUCUAUCUGCCUAUCGAUCUUUCUACCUAUUCGUGUAUUCUCUUAUUCAUCACCUCUUAUUUCUAUAUAUAUGUUGUAUGUAUCCCUAUGUAUUAUUUUCGUGUGUAUAUUUUAUCAUUCUUAUGUAUGUGUAUUAUGUAUAGUGAUUAGUAGAUGUGUAUGUGUAUUUUUUAUUGUACACUUUUAGUAUUCGUGUAUGAAUUGCAUCUCCGUGGCCUCUUUUACGAACCUCUUUAUGUGUAUGAGUGUAUGUUUAUGUAUGUAUAUAUGAUAGAUGUGAAGGUAUGUAUGUAUGUAUAUGUAUGUUGUAUUUAUGUAUAUUUCUUUAUGAAUACAAAUUUCAGCUUGUUACAAAUAUUUUCUCAGCCUUGACUUGUGUUUUUUUUUCCUUUUUUUAUGUGUAUACUCUCUCUCUCUCUCUCUCUCUCUCUCUCUCUCUCUCUCUCUCUCUCUCUCUCUCUCUCUC